AUGAUGGAUCAGUACCACAAGAUAGAAAAGUUGGGGGAGGGCUCCUUUGGUGUUGUUUAUAAAGCACAAAAUAAACGUACAGGAACUGUUGUGGCGUUGAAGCGGAUCCGGCUUGAGAAUGAUGAUGAGGUGCGUAUGUCUAGCAUAAUCAAUUAUGCAGGUAUAUAUUUGGAUCGUUUUAAAUGCACUUCAGGGAUUGCCAUGUACUUCCAUCAGAGAAAUUGCGAUUCUAAAAGAGCUUCGGGAUCCCAAUAUCGUGCGCUCACGCUGAUUUUCGAAUAUGUGGAUUACGACCUGCAAAAAUAUAUUGACCUGCACCACGGUACUCUGUCUCUUGCCACAAUCAAGCACCUGGUCUUCCAACUUUUCCAAGGAGUUUCAUAUUGCCAUGCUGCUGGGAUUCUCCACAGAGAUCUGAAACCGCAGAACAUUCUUAUCCAAAAGAGUGGUGAACUAAAAAUUGCCGAUUUUGGGCUUGCACGCUCUUUUGGUCUCCCUAUGACAACAUAUUCCCAUGAGGUGGUGACGCUUUGGUACCGUGCCCCAGACCUUCUGUUUGGAGCACCUUCACACGCAACUCCCAUCGAUAUUUGGUCGGUUGGCUGCAUCUUUGCAGGUAGAUGGCCCUGGGACGGCCGCUGUUCCCAGGCACGUGCGCUCGAGAUCAGUUGGUUCGGAUUGCCAAGUACUCUAGACUCUUACUAUAGAAUCCUUGGCACGCCAACCACAAAACGCUGGCCAGAGCUUGACUCAUAUCCUGAGGGCAAGGGUGUGCUUAUCAUGCAGCAUCAUGACAUCCCAUUCUUUCCGGGCGUGCCGUUAGCCAAAGUGAUUCCGACCCUCGAUGCGGAUGGGAUUGAUCUACUGGAGCGAUGUCUGAUCUAUUCGCCUGCUCGCCGAAUUGAUGCUGCAGAAGCGCUGCGCCAUCCCUUCUUUGCAGAGCUUAGGAAAAACUCAGACAUAGAAAAAGACCAUCAUGGUGCCCUAAAAUAA